AUGGCAACAGCAGCAUAUGUGGAUCAUUUUGCAGCAGAGUGCCUUGUUUCUAUGUCCAGUCGUGCCGUUAUCCAUAGUCCCAAAGGGGAGCCUGAUCCCCAACCUGAUGCAGCAAUACCUCCUUCAUCAAAUGGAGAAGAUAAGCGGGAAGUCAGGGAAACCGGGAAAGACAAUGGAUCAACAUUGCUGGUGGUAGCUAGCAUUUUAGCAGAUCUGAACCAGCAUGUCCCAAACUCACCCGCUCUAAGGAUGGAAGAAACUGAGACCUUGGAUAUCACAGAACAAAUACACAUUUCUAUGGUUCCUAAGGAGUUUGGGGAAGAAAGUGUGUCUUCGGCUGGGAAGCGUGGAGGAGGAAGAGCAGCCACACCUACUAGCCUGGCUGCAGUAACUGAGCCAAGCCCCAGACAAAAGAACAAACGCACGAGAAGCUGGACUGACCCUGGAUCACCCCAGAAAAAGCACAAAUGCCACUAUGUGGGGUGUGAAAAAGUUUAUGGCAAAUCUUCCCAUCUUAAAGCUCAUCUAAGGACCCACACAGGUGAACGGCCUUUCGAAUGCAACUGGCAAGGGUGUAACAAGAAGUUUGCCCGUUCCGAUGAGCUGGCCCGCCACUACCGCACCCACACUGGAGAGAAGAAGUUCAGCUGUCCCCUCUGCGAGAAGCGCUUCAUGCGCAGCGACCACCUGACGAAGCACGCCCGCCGCCACGCCAACUUCCACCCAAGCAUGCUCAAGAGGAGAAGUGGAAGCAGCUCAAGAACAGGGUCUGUCAGUGACUACAGCCGCUCCGAUGCCUCAAGUCCGACAAUUAGCCCUGCCAGCUCCCCAUAG